GCAGCUCAUGAGGUAAUCGAAAUCAACAACAAAAGUCGCUCGUUCGCUGUCCGGCAACCCGGGGCCGGAUUUAUUACACAAAUUGUGCUGGGCAGGACGUAAAAGUGAUAGAAUUAAUACGCAACUCGUAGAAUGGCUUUGUUUGCACGUUGUGGGCCAUUGCCCAUGUGGAACAGAACGAUACAAGCAGUUGGUUAUCGGCUGCAGUCGACUCGCUUACAAGAGGACGGUACUCGUGCCGGUAUCGAAGAAGAAGAAUUUCGUGUUUUGAACUUAAAGCAAACAAAGUCUCAGCGGUUGGCACGCCGAAAAGCAGCACGUCCGGAUGUUCCACCACCUCGAUCACAGCAGAUGGCAACGGACCAGGAUUGGGGUGCCGUGUGGCCAGGACCACGAUCUUUCAAUCCGUCCGCUGUACCGCUGCCAAUCCGGCAGGGAUACGUCACCAAGCGCAACCAAAUGGCACCGGGCAAGUUUGCCAACGCCGAGUUGAUGAAGAUUCCGAACUUUCUGCAUCUGACACCGCCCGUUAUAAAGCGACAGUGCGAAGCAUUGAAACAGUUCUGUACCGCUUGGCCAAAGGGGCUAGAGACGGAGGACAAAAUGCGGGCAAACUUCCCCCUGACCUGUGUCACGUCGGACUACUGCCACGCUUUGCCAACGAUACGCAAUCCAUUGUCGCGCAUUGUGACGGUGCAGCUGCAACUUGGCUCGCUGCAGUUAGAUCGACACGCGAAGGAUAAGCUGCUGCGGUUGGUAGGCGAACGGUACAAUCCCGAAACCGAUCUGCUUACGAUCGUGACCGAUCGGUGUCCAUUGAAGAAGCAGAACUAUGAUUAUGCGAUCUAUUUGCUGACCGCGCUAUACCACGAAUCGAACACAGUGGAACCGUGGGAAGCGACCAAGAGUGAGGCCGAUAUGGAGUAUUUUGAGUUCGAAACGAGUCGCAGCAAGCGCAAUGCGGAGGCGACACUCAACUGGAACCGGAAGGAAGGUGACAGCGGAUGGUUACAGGUGCCGGACGCGUAUGCGGACGCAGUUUCGAAGUUGUUCAACGAAGGUGAAAAUGAGUAUAAUUUAACCAAAUAUAAAGAACAAACGUUAGCCUUGUUGGGGUUGAGUGAGGAAGCGAGUAAAUAAUGCUUUCGACGAUAGUGUAGUGAGUAGCGGAGAAAACAUGAUAAUAAAAAGAAUUAAUCGUAAUCAAU